AUGUUGUCCGCACGGGCUGCGGCGCGGCAAUUGCCGCGCGCGCUCGGCCGCCGCACCUUCGCCACCCCAGCCGACACGCCCUUGAGCAAGAAGGUCGAGAUGACGAACUGGGAAAAAGGCCACUACAUCAACUACGCCAAGAUGAAUGAGAACCUGAACAUUGUCCGACAAAGGCUCAACAGGCCCCUCACAUACGCCGAGAAGAUCCUCUACUCACACCUGGACGAUCCUCAUGGCCAGGAAAUCGAGCGUGGGAAGAGCUACCUCAAGCUCCGACCCGACCGAGUGGCUUGCCAGGACGCCACGGCACAGAUGGCUAUCUUGCAGUUCAUGAGUGCGGGUAUGCCCAGCGUGGCCACACCUACGACCGUGCACUGUGAUCAUUUGAUCGAGGCACAGAUUGGUGGGGAGAAGGAUCUGCAGCGCGCGAAGGACAUCAACAAGGAGGUUUACGACUUUUUGAGCUCGUCUUGCGCCAAAUACAACAUUGGUUUCUGGAGGCCUGGGUCUGGUAUCAUUCAUCAGAUCGUGCUUGAGAACUACGCUUUCCCUGGUGGUCUUAUGAUCGGUACUGACUCACAUACUCCUAACGCUGGUGGGCUUGGUAUGGCUGCUAUCGGUGUGGGUGGCGCUGAUGCUGUCGACGUCAUGGCCAAUUUGCCGUGGGAGUUGAAGGCACCGAAGGUUAUUGGUAUCAAGCUUACUGGCAAGAUGAGCGGCUGGACUUCACCUAAGGACAUCAUCCUGAAGGUCGCUGGUAUCCUUACCGUCAAGGGUGGCACUGGCGCUAUUGUCGAAUACCAUGGUCCUGGUGUCGACAGCCUGAGCUGCACCGGCAUGGGUACCAUCUGCAACAUGGGCGCUGAAAUUGGUGCCACUACGUCCCUCUUUCCCUUCGGUGAUCGCAUGUACGAUUAUCUAGCUGCAACCAAACGCAAGGACAUCGGCGACUUCGCCCGCUCCUACGCCGCCGACCUCCGCGAGGACGAGGGCGCCGAGUACGACGAGUUGGUUGAGAUCAACCUCGAUGAGCUCGAACCCCACAUCAACGGUCCCUUCACCCCCGAUCUCGCCACACCCAUUAGCAAGUUCAAGGAGGCGGUCAAGGCCAACAAGUGGCCGGAAGAGGUGAAGGUCGGCCUGAUCGGUUCAUGCACAAACUCCUCGUACGAGGAUAUGAGCCGUGCGGCUUCGAUUGCUCAAGAUGCUUUGGACCAUGGUAUCAAGGCCAAGGCGCAGUUUGUUGUUACGCCUGGUUCGGAGCAGAUCCGUGCUACCAUUGAGCGAGAUGGCCAAAUGAAGACCCUUGAGGACUUCGGUGGUGUCGUCUUGGCCAACGCUUGUGGACCUUGCAUUGGACAAUGGGAUCGUCGCGACGUCAAGAAGGGAGAGGCCAACACCAUCAUAAGCUCUUACAACCGUAACUUCACCGGCCGCAACGACGCCAACCCAGCCACCCACUCUUUCGUCACCUCUCCUGAUAUGGUCUUGGCCAUGACUAUUGCCGGUACCUUGGACUUCAACCCUCUUACCGACAAGGUGAAGGAUAGCCAAGGCAACGAAUUCAUGCUGUCUGAGCCAAGUGGUGAGGCGCUACCUCCUCGUGGCUACGACCCAGGUCAAGAUACUUUCCAGGCACCCCCAGAAGAUCGCUCUUCCAUCCAAGUCGCCGUGUCCCCCGACUCGGACCGUCUUCAAAUCCUCCAGCCAUUCGACGCGUGGAAUGGCAAGGAUGCUACUGAUUUGCCAAUUCUCAUCAAGGCUCAGGGCAAGACUACAACCGAUCACAUCUCCAUGGCCGGUCCUUGGUUGAAGUACCGCGGACAUCUCGACAACAUCUCGAACAACAUGCUUAUCGGUGCUAUCAACUCCGCCAAUGGCGAAGCCAACAAAGUCAAAAACUCCACAACCAACGAAUGGGAUGCUGUCCCAGCCACUGCCCGUGACUACAAGAGCAAAGGCAUUAAAUGGGUCGUUAUCGGUGACUGGAACUACGGCGAGGGCUCAUCCCGUGAGCACGCCGCUCUCGAGCCUCGCCACCUAGGCGGUCUGGCCAUCAUCACCCGCUCCUUCGCCCGUAUCCACGAGACCAACUUGAAGAAGCAGGGUAUGCUUCCCCUAACUUUCACUAACCCAGAGGACUACGACAAGAUCCAGCCAGAUGAUAAGGUCGAUUUGUUGAUCACAGAGCUGGCUGUUGGUAAGCCAAUGACGUUGAGAGUACACCCUGCGGCUGGUGGUCAGGCGUUCGAUGUCUCGCUCAGCCAGACGUUCAAUGAGGGGCAGAUUGAGUGGUUCAAGAAUGGUAGUGCGCUUAACACCAUGGCUAAGGCUCACGCUAAGUAA